AUGGAACUAGACAUUCAAACAAACAUGCAACUGACAACACUACAAGUGAAACUUUAUUACAAACUGGUGGUGGAGAGAAACCCGAUGUUCCUGGACAACAUCGAGAAAGUAGAUGUGAUGAAGCAGGAAAAUCUGAAAAUUGUGGACAAAUUGGCAGGAAGUCCGCUACCCUAUCACUUGUUCAUACUAAAAAGAUAUUCUUGGUUAACUAUGGAAAAAUAUAUCUUUCCCUGCCUCAUCUGUGAUGUUAACUUUUCAUCAGGGCCUGCCUUGGAAAAGCAUAUGUUUUUGCACAUUCACACUGAAAAUUAUCGUGGAACUGGACAUUCAAACAAACAUGCAACUGACAACAUACUGGAAACUAGUCAGCCUACCAACUCUGAGAAUAUCACAAGCAAAUCUUUUUUACAAACUAGUGGUGGAGAAAAACCUGAUGUUCUCGGACAACGUCGAAAAAGUAGAUGUGAUGAAGCUGGGAAAUCUGAAAAUUGUGGACAAAUUGGCGAGAAGUUGAACACCCAAUCACAUGUUCACACUAAAAGGGUAAAGACAGUGCCAAAUUCACGAACCAAUCGUAGAGAUGAACAAUUUAUUUGUCCACUGUGUGGAAAGAAGUGUGGAAGUGGAUAUAGAAAAAAUGUGCAUAUGUGGACUCAUACUGGGGAGAAACCUUAUAUUUGUAAACAAUGUGAAAAGGGUUUUUUACAUUUAUGUAGUUUAAGACGGCAUGAACGAACUCAUACUGGAGUAAAACCUUUUGCCUGUACACAAUGUGAAAGGAGUUUUUCCGAUUUAUCAAGUUUACGUGCACAUGAGCGAACUUUUACCAAAGAGAAACCUUUUACAUAAUUUAUAUUUUCAGGGUUGAAAAAAUCGCAUGCCUCUAUAUUCUGGUCAAAAAAUUUAUUAGUGGUCUCUGAAAUUGGGGUUUCAAAAACUGUUGAGAGUUGAAAAUCGUACAGACUUGUUUACAUCCAACGUCGGUUUCUGGCAAGUUUAUGUCACGAACACAUCUUUUCGUGUUUUGUGAAAUUCAUUGUGAAAACAUAUCAUUUUAACGACCCAGACACGAUCUUCAUCCUCUCACACCGGAACCAGGACGUGCCAUAAACUAAUUGACUAUAUUGUACAUAUCGCUGUUGUGUUGUACCUCUUUAUCUUGUGUAUUUCACUAGAGUUUCAUUUGUAUAGCCUAUUUCAUGUCUGUUUCCGUUUUCUUAUUAUUUGAUGACAGUAUUGUUACUAUACAACAGCCAUCAAAAUGCAAGAGCGCAAUUAUUUGUCAUAAGAAUAGACGGAUAAUACAAAGUAUUUCCAUUAUAAGAAAUUACAAAUCAUAAGGACCCCAACAUACGUUCUCAGCCCUACACCAUGUUUCUAAGAUUACUGACUCAACAUGUGUUUGUCAUAUAAUUAAGCUGUCCUCUCCAC